CUCCAGGAGGCCCCGCCCCCGCUCUGCCCUCUGGGACCGCCCCCUUCACGCCCCCGCCUCCGCCCACUUGUGCAGUUACCGGCUCCGGGGGCUCGCGCUUCUUUGACUCCGCUAGAGGUCCUCCACCCCUGUUCUCAGUGCGUCCACCGCUGCCUGCGUCAGGUGAGGGCUCGCGGCUCCCGGCUGCGGCGCCCGGCGCUUGUUGACUGGUUCUGGGCGUAUGCCUCUGAAGCGAGCUGGGCAGGCGGGCGGUUAGCGCUCCGUUCCACGCGGGGAGGGGCGGCACGCCGGGCACUGCACGGCGUCGGCCGACGGGCUCCCGGGUUUUCUGCCCCAGGCCGGAACCAGUCGGUUUCCCGGCGGAAAGACAGGCAGUCGGGCUCCCUGGCCCCGGGCCCCCCUGGCUGGGGUGGCUGGGGCAAGGGGACCAUGUCUGCUCGCGCUCCGGUGCCCAGCGCUCACUCUCGAGAGGAGCCACCACCCACGGUGACUGCUGAGGAGUCGCUGUUAGUAGCGGCGAGUCGGCAGGCCGAGCAGCUGUCCCCGCCCGAACGGGAGGGCAAGGGGGCGGUGAGUGAAGAGAGGGCCGCGACAGCCACCAGCGCGGGGGCUCGGGGAGAGCCGUCGCCGGCGCUGGUGCUGGGGUACAGCGUGCCCCAGGCGGCCGUGCCCGUGAGACCCCUGGCGCUGCACCUGGCGCACAAGGCACGCGGGCCGGGGGGCCCCUUUGGUGGGGAACCCCCGCCACCCUUGCCUAAGGACCUGCGGGCCGAGGACGCCUUGGAGAUUGAGGCGGCGGCCAGACCUGAGGAAAAGCUGCAGCCGCCGCCGCCGCCGCGUAAGGAGAACCCGUGGACCAAAAAGCCUCCUAAGCACCUGUCCACCGCCGGGACGGGACUGCCGCCGUCCCCACUGGAAACCCUGGAGGCAGAGCUCAAUUUCCCCCAAAUUAUAAAAGCAGGAAAACUCAAGACAAAGAAACCCAAUAAGGCUAGUGAUUUCAGCGAUAUGGCGAAUUGGCCAACACCAAGUGAAUUAAUGAACACAGGAUGUCAAAGUGUCAUCAGCCAAGGAAAUAAGAAGCUACAAAAUAGAAAAGAAAGAGAAGACAAAGUUGAAAAGAGAAUUAACAGUGAGAGCAAAGAAAUCCGGGAAACAAAAUUAGAUGGUCCUGGUGAAAAUGCCAGUGAGGAUGAGUCUCAGUCAAGUAAUCAACGAAAGAGAGCUAAUAAGCACAAGUGGGUACCACUCCACUUAGAUGAUGUAAGACCAGACAGUCAAGAAAGACCAGGAUCCCGGAACAGCUCAAGAUGUCAACCUGAAGCAAAUAAAUCAUCACACAACAAUAGGAGGAAUGAUACACGAAGUUGGAGGCGUGAUAGAGAAAAGAGAGAUGAUCAAGAUGAAGUUGCCAGUGUGAGAAGUGAGGGUGGUAAUAUCCAAGGUUCGUUUAGAGGCCGAGGAAGAGGACGAGGACGGGGAAGAGGACGAGGCAGAGGAAAUCCUCGAUUGAACUUUGAUUAUUCAUAUGGUUAUCGAGAACAUGGUGAAAGGACUGAUCAGCCAUUUCAAACAGAACUUAAUACCAGUAUGAUGUAUUACUACGAUGAUGGUACAGGUGUACAGGUGUAUCCUGUGGAAGAAACAUUGCUUAAAGAGUAUAUCAAACGCCAAAUUGAAUAUUACUUCAGUAUAGAAAAUUUGGAACGGGACUUCUUUCUUAGGAGAAAGAUGGAUGAACAGGGUUUCUUGCCUGUUUCUCUGAUUGCUGGUUUCCAUCGUGUUCAGGCUCUCACUACAAACCUUAAUCUCAUUUUAGAGGCACUGAAAGAUAGCACAGAAGUGGAAAUUGUGGAUGAGAAAAUGAGAAAAAAGAUAGAACCAGAAAAAUGGCCAAUUCCGGGCCCUCCUCCACGUAGUGUGCCACAAACAGACUUCUCCCAACUGAUUGAUUGCCCAGAGUUUGUACCAGGCCAGACUUUUUGCUCACAUACAGAGUCUGCCCCAAAUUCUCCAAGAAUUGGAAAUCCACUGAACCCAAAGGAAAAUAUUGAAACAAGUAAUCUCCAAGCAAUAUCUAGAGGUCUGUCUACCAGUUUGCCUGACUUGGAUUCACAACCUUGGAUAGAAGUAAAAAAAAGACAUCGUCCAUCUCCAAUGAAAUUGAAGGAAUCAGCAUUUCUACCUGAAGAGGCAUUGAAUCAGCUAUAUCCUUCAGGUGAACAAGAGCAAGAAGAUCUUGACUUUUUAUUUGAUGAAGAAAUGGAACAAAUAGAAGGACGAAAAAACACAUUUACUGAUUGGUCUGAUAAUGAUUCAGAUUAUGAAAUUGAUGACCAGGAUUUAAACAAGAUUUUGAUUGUAACUCAGACACCACCUUACAUGAGAAAACAUCCUGGAGGAGAUCGAAUGGGCAACCACAUGUCUCGGGCAAAAAUUACAUCUGAACUUGCUAAAGUCAUUAAUGAUGGUUUAUAUUACUAUGAACAGGAUCUAUGGAUGGAAGAAGAUGAAAACAAACACACAGCCAUAAAGCGAGAAGUUGAGAACUUUAAGAAGCUAAAUCUCAUUAGUAAAGAGCAGUUUGAAAACCUAACACCCGAACUUCCUUUUGAGCCAAACCAAGAAGUUCCUGUAGCACCUUCACAGUCCAGGCAAGAUUUGAGUGAUGAAUUAGCUCAGAAGCUGUUUGAUGUUUCAGAAAUUCCUUCAGCAACAAUGGCCCUUUCAUUGCCCACAGAAGUUCCAGAAUCUCCUAGAAUUUAUCCUGCAAGGUCACCUAAAACACCUCGAACACCCAGGUUACAAGAUCCAAACAAAACACCAAGAUUUUACCCUGUUGUUAAAGAACCAACAGCUAUUGAUGUAAAGAGUCCAAGAAAGAGAAAAACAAGACACAGUACAAAUCCCCCUCUCGAGUGUCAUGUUGGUUGGGUAAUGGAUUCCAGAGAUCAUGGACCAAGAACAUCCUCUGUCAGCGGUUCAAGUGCCUCGCCUUCAGAAGGUACACCACUAGUAGAAAGUUAUGGAUGUACUCCUCAUUCAUUCCCAAAGUUCCAGCACCCUUCUCAUGAACUUUUGAAGGAAAAUGGCUUUACCCAACAAGUGUACCACAAGUAUCGUCGAAGAUGCCUAAGUGAGAGAAAACGCUUGGGAAUUGGCCAGUCCCAAGAAAUGAAUACCCUCUUUCGUUUCUGGUCCUUUUUCCUCAGAGAUCACUUCAAUAAAAAAAUGUAUGAGGAAUUUAGACAACUUGCUUGGGAAGAUGCAAAAGAAAAUUACAGGUAUGGAUUAGAAUGUCUGUUCAGGUUUUACAGUUAUGGACUAGAAAAAAAAUUCAGACAAGAAAUUUUUAAGGAUUUCCAAGAAGAAACCAUAAAAGACUACGAAUCUGGUCAGCUGUAUGGAUUAGAAAAGUUUUGGGCUUAUCUAAAAUAUUCUCAAUCUAAGACACAGUCUAUUGACCCAAAACUUCAGGAAUACCUCUGUAGCUUUAAGAAGUUAGAAGACUUCCGCAUUGAUCCCCCUAUUAGUGAGGAAUUUGGAAGAAAAAGACAUCCAUCUACUUCUGGUGAGGACAGUAGUCGUCAUAGACUUCCAUCUAAUUUCUCUACAAAGCUACCAACUGCUGCUAAGCCUGCAUCUGCUCAUCAGCUUUAGGUCCCAAUAAUCUCUCCCAGAAGGAAUACUUCACAGGAGUCCGUGACAAUUCACACCAGAAAAGUGCUGCCUCAGUUUCAACAGAUGGUGAAAUGCCUGAGAAAUAGACUCUUAAUGAAAGUUGUUUGCCCUUGAAAUCAACAUUUACAUCAGUAUUUACUUGGGAAAAAUCUUCUGAUGUUUGAUUGUGAUAAUCACAAAAAAGAAAAAGGGAGAAAAGUGGUAGCGUUUUUUUCUAACAAGAUAAAUUCUAAAAACAUU